CGACCGGUUUAGACCAUUGUACUCAUCAUUAGCAAGAAAGACAAAUUUCAAUCUAGCCUGAGUGUCUGAUGUUCGUGGUCACUCAGUCCCACACUCACCAUGGCUUGGACAAAAUAUCAGCUCUUUCUCGCGGGUCUGAUGCUCACCACAGGCUCCCUUAACACACUAUCCGCGAAAUGGGCUGAUAUGUUCUCUGCACCGGGAUGUAGUGGCACCCCAAAGCAUGCCUUCUCCCACCCUUUUGUACAGGCUGUGGGAAUGUUUUUGGGGGAACUGUCCUGUCUGGUGGUGUUCCACAUUCUCCUUUGUCAUGAUCGGCGCAAACCUGAGCCUACGAUGGUUCCGGGCCAAAGUUUUAACCCCCUACUUUUCCUCCCGCCUGCACUUUGUGACAUGUUGGGAACAUCCAUCAUGUAUGUUGCACUGAACAUGACCAGCGCCUCUAGUUUCCAGAUGCUGCGAGGAGCUGUGAUCAUCUUCACUGGACUGUUGUCUGUAGCAUUCUUAGGUCGGCGACUGCAGCCCAGCCAGUGGAUUGGGAUCCUAUUCACCAUCCUUGGUCUGGUGGUGGUUGGCCUGGCGGACUUUAUGAGCGGCCAUAGGAAUGACUCCCAUAAGCUCAGUGAGGUUAUCACAGGGGACCUUUUGAUCAUCAUGGCACAAAUUAUUGUUGCAGUCCAGAUGGUCUUAGAGGAGAAGUUUGUUUAUAAGCACAAUGUGCAUCCACUGAAGGCUGUCGGGACUGAAGGUUUUUUUGGAUUUUUCAUCCUCUCUUUGCUCCUCAUCCCAAUGUUCUACAUCCAUGUGGGAAGUUUUGCAGACAACCCACGGCAGGUCCUUGAAGACGCGUUGGAUGCCUUCUGUCAGAUUGGUCAUAAGCCUCUCAUUUUACUGGCACUGCUGGGCAACACUGUGAGCAUUGCCUUCUUUAACUUCGCCGGCAUCAGCGUCACCAAGGAAAUAAGUGCCACUACUCGCAUGGUGCUGGACAGUCUGCGUACUGUGGUCAUCUGGGUCGUGAGUUUGGCACUGGGUUGGGAGGUAUUCCACGGCCUACAGAUUUUAGGCUUCAUCAUUCUACUCCUUGGUACAGCGUUGUACAAUGGACUCCACACGCCCUUGAUGGCCAAACUGCCCUGCUGCCCUGGAGGGCAGAGAGCAGAGGAGGAAGAAGCCCCAGAGAGAGAGAGGCUGCUUGGUGGAGGAAAAGCUGCAAAUGAGAGCUAAUAUUGGACUUUGAACAAAAUGCUGCCCACAAGGCAUUUUUGUUUUUAGUUUUAACUGCUAUUUCCAUUUGAAGAAAGAAUAACGUUUUAGUAUUGUUUUCGAGUUUGAUUCAAUACUUAGGAACCAUCACUACUUAUUCCCUACAGCCAUUUCUGUGGGCAUGUCCCAACGGUAAAAAAAAAGAAAAGGAUAGUUUAGUGCUUGGAUUGCAAUUUUUUUUCACUUUAGGAAAGGGAACCAUUUUCACAUGAUUCCAAUGCCAAAAAAAAAAUCUUAGAAUAAUAUUUUAAAGUUUUUAAUUCUGUGUUUUAUAGGGUUCAAAACCUUUUUUUGUUUACACGAUGUGCGGUUGUUAAAUGGACAUUGUUUCUCUAACCAUUUUAUCUGAGGAAUAUUUUUAGUGAUCUGUGAAACGGGUAUUGUGUACUGACAAGAAACUCUUCUGCCAGUCCAUGUAUAUUUGGUUUAUGAAAUGAUGGAAAUAUCACUUCAUAAGUUUAACGCCAGUAAAUAUUAUGUUACCGUAUUUUUCAGACAAUAAGUCGCACUGGACUUUAAGUCACAUUUAUUUAGAACCAAGAACCAAGAGAAAACAUUACCGUCUACAGCCGCGAGAGGGCGCUCUCUGUCUUCAGUG